AUGGAUGAGUCGCUAGAUUCUGUCUCCGAACGUCUUCGACGCCGUCGAUUUCUUGUACUUGACCGACACAAGCAGUCUCAACCUCAGAAACUUGAUGAGGUUCCUGAUGAUUACAGUCCCAGGAGCACAGAUAGCCCGUCAGCCUCUCGUCCGCCUAUUCCACAACCAGUAGCCAUUCAAGUUGAGGACGAGGAUGGACAACAGAUCCCAACAUUGGACUUUGACGGUUCUUUCCCACCACCAUCUCCAUCCGCGAAAAGUGUUAGUGAUGACGAUCUGCAAUCUCAUCUAUCGUUCAUAAUGAAGGAACGGCUGCAUACAAUGGCUAAGGAGGUGCAACGUCGAACGUCAGCUGUACGGGAGACUUUGAUCAAGGAGACACCGGAAGACUCGUUCUCGAUGUCUUCCGCCGGUGUACCUACGGAAGAACAUCGGCCAAGCCUUAUGUCUCUUAUCGGGCUGCAGGGUGGAACACAGGACGAAGGAGAAGAGAACAAGGGACGAUGGUGGUUACCAGAAAGUCUUCAUCCUUAUGGUCGAUUCUACAUGACAUGGCUGUUUUUGGUCACCACAGCUUUUCUCUACAAUGCUUACUGUAUACCGCUGAGAAGUUCCUAUCCCUAUCAAACUAAAUCAAAUUUGAUCUACUGGUUAAUUCUCGACUACACGUGUGAUUUUAUCUACUUCAUAGACAUGGUGCUUAUAAAGCCGAGGCUUAGAUUCAUGAAAGGAGGAAUAUCUGUAAAAUCACGUGAUGAGACGUUGAAGCAUUACCUGAUGAGCUCAAUAUUCAAACUAGAUCUUAUUGCAAUGAUUCCUACUGACCUCAUCUACAUCUACUCCGGACCGACACCAAUCUGGCGCCUGAACAAAGUGACCAAGAUACCUUCGUUUUGGCAAUUGUUCGACCUGCUUGAUAACUCGUUCUCUUCUCCUUCUGUUAUCAGAGUUACCCGUACGUUGUCCUACAUGAUCUACAUUAUUCAUUGCAACAGCUGUAUUUACUACCUAUUAAGCGCAUGGCAAGCGUUUGGACAAAUUGCCUAUCACGAAAACGGGAAAUGGUACCUUAACAAGUGGGUGUACAAUAAUCAAGGAAAUGCGUACAUACGAUGCUUCUACUUUACUGCAGCGGUGGCCACAUCAACUGGGAACAAUCCGGCGCCUACUAACGUCAUUGAGUACGUUUACAUGACUUGCUCUUGGAUGAUGGGAGUGUUCGUGUUUGCUCUUCUGCUCGGACAGAUCCGUGAUAUCGUAUCCAACGCUAAUCGCACGCGAGAAGAGUAUCGACGAAAAAUGGAUAUGGCAUUGUCCGAGUGCAAACGUCUAGGGCUACCGAAAGAGCUUACUAAUCGUGUUCGUGACUGGUUCAUCUACACAUGGGAACAGCAAAAAACUCUCGAUGAAAAGAAACUUAUUGAGAAGCUUCCGCUGAAACUUCAGACAGAUUUGGCGCUUUCGGUACACUAUAACACACUCAGCAAAGUUCAACUUUUCCAGGAUUGUGACCGUGCCCUUCUAAGGGAUCUCGUACUCAAGCUAAGACCUGUGAUUUUCCUUCCGGGAGAUAUGAUUUGUAGAAAGGGGAACGUAGGGAAGGAAAUGUAUAUAGUCAACCAAGGCGUCCUCCAAGUUGUGGGUGGAGAAAACAAUAAGACCGUGUUUGCAGAGUUAACUCAAGGAUCUGUAUUUGGCGAAAUCAGUUUGUUAGCUAUCGGUGGCAAUAAUCGGAGAACGGCCUCUAUUAGAGCGAAAGGAUACGCGACUCUUUUCGUUUUGGCUAAAGAAGACUUGAAUGACGUCAUCAAGUACUAUCCUCAAGCGCAAAUUCUACUCAAACGAAAAGCAGCACAAAUGCUGAAAAAUGACAAGAAGGCCGAUACAACGGCAGUGGAGGAACGAGGACUUGAAGAGACGUGCCGUCUUUCUGGUCUUGGUACUCCUCGAAUGCUGCGCGUAGUAGCAAAGGUGCUAAGUCCAGAAAAGCACUCAACAGCUCAACUAAAAGAAGCCAUUGAUAAAGGAGACCAGAGGCGGCGAACAUCGAUCUACCCCUGGUCAACAGUUCAGAAAGACGACCUCUCAGAUGAUUCCGCAUUUGAAGGAGGCUCCGAAGAUGAAGAAGAUGAGGCUGAGGAGUGUCAGGAUGCAAAUGACGGUCAGCAAGAGUUGUCGGAAGCGGAUCCGCAAUGA